AUGGCAGGUAACUAUGUUUGUAAUGAUGUAGAUAGCUCUAAUUAUAUUAUAGAUACAGGUGUUACCAAUCAUGUGACAGGAAAUAAGGACUUGCUUGAAAAUCUUGCAUUAGUAGGCAAUAUAGGGCAGGUGCAGUUUCCUACAGGGGAUUCAAUUGCAAUCACACACAGAGGGAACCACCAACUCUCAGGAGGUGAUGUCCUUAGUAAUGUCCUAUGCGUACCAGCAUUCAGAUUCAAUCUUGUGUCUGUGUCAAAGUUGAUAAAGGACUUGAAUUGUUAUGUCACAUUCUUCCCAACAUUUUGUGUGUUUCAAGAACUCUUGUAUGGAAGGGUGAAAGAGAUUGAUAGAGAAUUAGAUGGACUAUACUACAUACAGUCGUUAGCAAAGAAUAAAAGAGUUGCAGUCCCACAUUCUUUUGCAGUCACUAAAGGCAUUGCUAGAGAUGGCUCAACAGCUUUAUGGCAUAAGCAGAUGGGGCAUGUGCAUGUUUCAGUUUUAAAGAGAAUUCCUGUUUUCCAAGGUUUCAUUAUCAUGGAAAAGACUCAGUUUCAGAAAAUAAUAAAGAAGUUCAUAUCUGAUAAUGGUGUUGAAUUCUUCAACAGUACUUGCAAGGAAGUGUUCACUUCACAUGGAAUUUUAUAUCAAAGCCAUUUGUUUCUUGAUUCUCAUGUUAUACCAAGACAAGAGCUCUUGGAUGAUACUUCAGAAGGCCCUGUAGCCCCUGUUCUUCCUUCAGUACAUUGCCAUACUGACAAGUCUCUUCCUCAAACCAAUGUGGCACCUGAUGAUCCUGCUAGCUAUGAUGGCCUAUCUUUCAAGUAUCAAAGUUACCUGUCCAAGAUAUCCAUUGAGGAAGAGCCUACUAGCUAUGGUGCAGCAGCUAAGGAUACCAAAUGGGCAAAUCCCAUGAAGGCUGAAAUCAAAGCAUUAGAGGACAAUAAGACAUGGGAUAUUGUACCUUUACCCAAAGGGAAGAAAAAAGUUGCAGCCAAGAUAGUAGUGGUGCUGGUGUAUGUUGAUGAUAUCCUCAUCACAGGUGAUGACUCUCAGUUGAUUCAAGCUACCAAACUUGUCUUACAAAACAAUUUCAGGAUCAAAGACUUAGGGUCCAAGCAUGUUGCAUCUCCUAUGGAGGUGAAUCAAAAGCUUACCACUACUAAAUUUGGCACUCACAUGGGUGUCACUGAUGAUCCAUCCUUAUCUUAUCCUGGUCCAUAUCAAAGAUUAUUUGGUUGCUUGCUUUAUCUCUCAGCUACCCGUCCAGAUAUUUCUUUUGAUGUCCAAUGUCUCAGUCAGUUCAUGCAUAGUCCUAAAGAGUCUCAUAUGGAGGCAAGCAAUUCAAAAUCAGUUACUGUCUAUCUUGUUAAACUAAUUGACUCUCCGAUUUCAUGGAGAUCUAAGAAGCAAUCCACCAUUUCCCGCAGCUCGGCUGAAGCAGAAUAUUGUAGUUUAUCCUCGACUGUGGCAGAGGUUGUUUGGUUGCAGGGGUUGUUCAAGGAAUUAGGGGUCUCUUCUCCAUCCCCUGUUCCCAUAAAUUGUGAUAGCAAAUCUGCUAUCCAAAUUAGUGCCAAUCCUGUUUUUCACGAACGCGCUAAGCACGUUGACAUCGACUGUCAUUUCAUCUGUGAGAAGGUUCAACAGGGUAUUGUCAACACCCUUUAUCUAGCCGCAACAGAGCAGCAGGCAGAUGUGCUCACUAAGGGUCUUGGUCGACUUCUACAUGAGUAUUUUGUAUCCAAGCUAGGAAUGAAGAACAUCUUCAUACCUCCUAGAUUGAGGGGGUGUAAAGGAUAG